AUGCGCUGGGCGGACCUGCUCAUCCUUCUCCCUGCAGCCUGGUACCAGCUGGCAGCUUUCCCCUUCGCUGCUCUCUUCCACCAGCUCUGUGCUUCGGGGCAACUCUCUCUGACUGCUCGGUACACAUUCCUCCUCGCUGGAGGAUGUCUCCUUGCAGUCACAGCCAUGGGCAGCUAUGCCGUGUUACUUCUUAUCCCCGCUGCUGGCUCUGUGCUCGUCCUCCUCUCCGUCAGCCCAGCUCACGUCCACACCUGGGUCUUUGGCCUCCAGAUGUGCUGGCAGACGCUCUGCCACCUGGGCCUGGGCAGCUUGGCGCUGGAGUCAGAGGAUGCCAGACCAGCUGUUGCCCUCUCCGCCAUUAUGCUGCUCACCCAGAAAGUGACAUCUCUGGCCCUGGACAUCCACGAAGGGACCGUUCUGCCCCAGACAGGCCAGGGGCUUUUGCAGCAAGCCUUGCCUCUCUGCAGCUACCUGCUCUUUUUCCCAGCCCUCCUCGGAGGUCCCCUGUACCCCUUCAGCAGGUUUCAGGUCCAAGCCGAGUCCUUGGGGGCUGUCCCCCUGCCACUGGAGGCUGCUGGCCGGAGGUGCCUUGGGGCACUGGCACUGCAGGCGCUGCGUGUGGGGCUGGAGGGCUGGCUGCCCUGCGCACAGGGCUGCUCCAUCCUGGCCAGCCUGUGCCACACGUGGAUGCGGGCCCUGCUCUUCAGGCUGGCCUACUACACACAGUGGGUACUGGAUGAGGCCCUUCUCGAGAUGGCAGGCUUUGGGCUGGUGGUGGGGCAGGGAGACCUUUCAGGCCGUGACCUGUGGGUGCUGGAGACCACACACCGCCUGGCUGUCUUUGCCCGAACCUGGAACAAGAGCACGUCCCGCUGGCUGCGGAGGCUGGUCUUCCAGCGCUGCCCAGCCCAGCCGCUCCUCGCCACUUUCGCCUUCUCCGCCUGGUGGCACGGCCUCCGGCCCGGGCACGUCUUUGGUUUCCUGUGCUGGGCCAUCAUGGUAGAGGCUGACUACCGCAUCCAUCCCUUCCUCAGUGCCUGGGCCACCUCCCGUGUUGCAAAGCUCCUCUACCGUGGCACGACCUGGAUCUUCACGCAGCUCAUUGUCGCCUACAUCCUGGAUGCUGUGGAGUCUGAGAGCUUCUCUGUGCUCUGCCUGCUCUGGACUUCUUACAAGAGUAUCCUUCCCCUCUCUUAUGGUGUUGUGCUGCUGCUGCUUUCCAAGAAGCCAAAGCAGAACUGA